AUGAUAAAUGAAAAUGAAGACAUUUACCUUUAUCCAACAUUGUAUAAAAUAUGGUUAGAUAUAAGUAAAUUAGGAGUAGAUAAUAUUGAAUCAAUAAAAUGUAACCCUGAAUGCUUAAGGAAUAAUUUCGAAGUAAUGUGUCGGAUUGUAGACGAUAUUUUAAUUACAUUUGGUAAUAUAAAUAAUACUAAAGAUAUUGACAGAAAUAAGAUAACUACUGAUCUUAUUGAUUUAUUGGGUGAUACCAGAAUUGAAUUAAUAUUUUAUAUGAUAGAAAAUGUUAAGAAGCUAAAUUCUGAACUAGAGGCACUGAAAUAUUACUAUAGUAUGAAUAUAAAUAUGGAUAAUAAAGAGGUUGAUACCCAUAAACUACUUUCUUCUCUUUCAUUUAUUGAUAUGGAUAAUUUAGAUAUGUAUAAUUCUCAUAAAACAAUUAGAACUAAGAUGCCAAUUUCAAAUACUGAUAAUUCUGAAACAAAAUUUUCAAGUUUAAAUGAAAAUAUGAGCAAAAAAGUAGAACAUACUUUACCUUCAAUUAAUUUGAAUGAGGAUUUAAAUUUUUCUAUAAAUAAUAAAAUUAAUUUAUUACAAGGACAAGUGCAUAACAAAACUGAGUUAUAUGAAGAAGUUUAUAUUGCACCUCCAAAUAAUAAUAUAUCUAUUAAUACUUCUAGUGGAAAUAUUGUAUCAAUAAAGGUAUUACCUAGGUAUUUUUGGGAUGUAUUUGAAGGUAUUUCACAUUUUAAUACUAUUCAAUCUUGUGUUUUCAAAAGUGCAUAUAAAACAUCUGAAAAUGUUUUAGUUGCAGCACCUACAGGAGCAGGAAAAACAAAUAUUGCACUUCUUGUAAUAUUAAGAAGUAUUGAGACAUAUCUUCAAUCAUUAGGAUUACAAUGCAAUUCUUCAAAUUUGAUUAAUUUGGGAGCUAAGAAUUUUAAAGUGAUAUAUAUUGCACCAAUGAAAUCUUUGGUAGGAGAAAUAACUAGAAAGUUUACUAAAUCAUUAAAACAUAUUGGAUUAAAGAUAACAGAGCUUACAGCUGAUGUUGUUAUAUCUAAGAAGGAUUUAAAUGAAUUUCAUAUAAUUGUGACAGUACCUGAAAAGUGGGAUAUUUUGACAAGAUCUACUUUAUCUGGACCUUCAGAUAAUACAACCUUCCUUAAUACUAUACAAUGUAUCAUUUUAGAUGAAAUACAUAUGUUAGGUGAUGAAAGAGGUCCAUCUGUAGAAGCAAUUGUUGCACGUACAAUAACAAAUAUAGAAAUAACUCAAAGCAAAGUUAGACUAGUUGGAUUAUCAGCAACAUUACCGAAUUGGAUGGAUUUUGCAGAAUUUCUUCAUGUAUCAAAAGAACAUGCAUAUUAUUUUGAUUUAAAAUUUCGACCAGUACCAUUAGAAAAUACAAUAAUUGGAAUAUAUGAUCCUGUAAAAAAAUACAGCUAUACAGCUACCAAAAAUAUAAAUAAUAAUUUGAGGGAGAAUACAGAUUUACCUCAAAAUAAAAGUUUUGAUGAUAUAAUCAAUGAAAUUCUAUUUUCUAAAUUAAAAGAAACAUUAUUAAGUGGAAAUCAAAUUCUUGUAUUUGUUCAUUCACGGAAUGAAACAAUUGUUACAGCAGAAUAUAUUAAGAGUAGACUAAAUGAAUCGGAAUAUAUAUUUAAAAAUACAGAAGUUUCAAAAAUAGAAAAUAAAUACAUUGAAAUACAAGAUGACAUGCCAUUUUUAUAUAAGAACUUAACUAAGAAUAAUACUGAUUUGAAUGAUAAGGAGAUGAAUGAUUUUGUUACAUAUAAAAAAAUGGUUGCAAAAUGUGGAAGUCCAUGGAUUCAAGAUUUAUUUAAAUAUAGAAUUGGAAUUCAUCAUGCUGGUUUAUUACCUUCACAACGUCGAUUAAGUGAGAAAUUAUUUGCUAGUGGUAUAGUAAGAGUACUAGUCACAACUGCAACACUAGCUUGGGGUGUGAAUCUUCCAGCUCAUCAAGUUAUAAUAAAAGGGACAGAUGUAUAUGAUAGUAAAAAUGGUCGUUAUAAAGACAUUGGUAUUUUAGAUAUUUUACAGAUUUUUGGUCGUGCUGGACGUCCACAAUUUGAUAUUUUGGGAUCAGCUAUACUAUUAACCAAGAUAAACAAAUUACAUCAUUAUGUUAGGCAACUAACAUACCAAGUUCCUAUAGAGUCAUUAUUAGGAAGAGGUUCUGAACUUUGCAAUUUAAUUAAUACAGAAGUUUGUAGAGGUCUAAUUUUGAAUUUUGAUGAUAUAAUGCGCUGGAUAAAAUAUACAUUUUUUUUUGUACGUAUUAGAAAAUCACCUUUAUAUUAUGGGUUAACACAUGAGGAUAUACUAAAUGAUUAUGAUUUUAUUGAAUCUCUGAAAAAAAUUAUAAUGAAUUCAUUAUUAAGUUUACGAAAUUCUAAGCUUAUUCGAUAUAAUAUUACCAGUAGUGAAAUAUAUGCAACACAAAAUGGGAGAUUAGCUUCCAAAUAUUACAUUGACUUUGUUACAGCAAAUAUAUUUAGAGAAAUGCUCAUAGACAACAAUUAUAAAAGUAGUGAAGAUCUCAAUGAAGUAAUAAAUUUUGGUGGUUUUAAUUUGUCAAUUAUAAAAUAUAUGAAGGAUGAUAUUGACAUAUUAUUAACUUUGGGUUCUGCUACGGAAUUUUCUAGUAUGAUAUCUAGAAAUGAUGAAGUUUAUGAACUCGAAAAAAUAAAAUUAAAUCCUUUUAUAUCUUCACUUUUAAAAGGAAGAAUACUUGAUGUGUUAGAUACAAAUGUAAAAAUAAUGUUAUUAUUACUAGCAUGCACAGCAAGAAUUGAAAUAAAAACCCCAACAUUGAUUCUUGACUCAUGUUAUAUUAUACAAAAUUCAAUUAGACUAUUAAUGUUUAUGUUUGAAAUAGUUCAACUAACUCCAUCAAAUGUAGCUGAACAAGCUUUUAGAAUACUAGAAUGGACAAAAAUGAUUCGAAUGCGCAUGAAUUACAAUGAUUGUAUGCUGAGACAUUUUGUAUAUCACUAUUCUCUAAAUAAUAAUAGAUUAAAUAUUGAAACAGAGUAUAUAAUUGGAAAGCAUAAGAAUAUUGGGCCCUUGAAGUUAGAUUCUAUUAUAAGAUUAGAAAAUUAUGCUCAUUGGGAUAUUAUUAAGGAAUAUUCAAUUAGUGAAUUGAAAGAUAUUGUAUAUUCUGAAGCAUCACGUGUUUUACAUUAUAUAAAAAUUGUACCUAAUAUUAUUAUUGAGAAUAUUAAUUUAGUCCCAAUUUCAGUAAAGGUUGCUAAAUUUGAUUUAAAGUUGAAACCAUCAUGGCAAUGGGUAGACCGUUGGCAUGGAAUGCAUGAAUCAUUCAUUUUAUGGAUAGAAAAUCCAGAUAGUGGUGGGAUAAUUUACUCUAGUUCAUUUGUUAUACAGAAAAAAAAAGUCAACGAAUUGCUUGUAAUUAGUGAAUAUAUUCCAAUUCCAAUUCCUACUCCAUUCCAAUUGAUUAUUAGGAUUAUAUCUGAGAAAUGGGUAAAUUUAUCAUUUGAGAGUACAGUAAAUUUCAAAAGUAUAGUUGAUGAGUUUAAUUAUAGAAGUUCAUUAUAUUAUUCAAACAUUUUAUCUAAUUGUAAAGAUUCACUUUCAAAGCAGCAUUUUACUUCUGAUUAUACACAAUUAUUAGAUCUGCAUCCAUUGAAUAUUAAUAUAUUAAAUAUUCCUUUGCUAGAGGAAUAUUAUAAUCAAGUUAAAAAAGUUAUAUUUUUGAAUCCUAUUCAAACUCAAUUGUUUUAUAUUUUAUAUCACACUAAUGAAAAUAUUUUUCUUGGUGCACCUACUGGUUCCGGAAAAACAAUGAUUGCAGAAAUAGCUAUAUUUAGGACACUAUUUAAAUGUACCAAUAAUUUAAUUCCAUUCAGUAAUUGUAUGAAAGAUAAACCAAGAAUUGUUUAUAUCGCUCCUUUAAAGGCACUUGCAAUGGAAAGAUAUAAUGAAUGGAAAACUCUAUUUAACAAAUAUUUAAAUAUAAAUAUUUUACUUAUUACUGGAAACACUAAUCCUACUGCAAAGGAGCUAUUUGAAGCAUAUAUAUAUAUUACUACACCAGAAAAGUGGGAUAGCUUAACAAGACGUUGGUGGAGUGAAAAAAAGUCUUACAUAAGAACUGUGCGACUUGUUAUAUUUGAUGAAAUUCAUCUUUUAGGUCAGGAACCAAGGGGUGCAGUUAUAGAAAUUUUAAUUUGUAGAAUGAAAUUUAUGAAUAAAGUUAUUGAAAAAACAAAACAAGUAGAUACAUGUAGUGUAUGCUCUUCUAUAAGGAUAAUUGGUCUCUCAACAUCUUUGGCAAACUCAAAAGAAUUGGCAUUAUGGAUGGGGGUUUCAACUGUUGGAUAUUUCAACUUUACAUCUGCGAUACGUCCAGUACCUUGCACUGUUUAUAUUUCAGGGUUUUCUGAAAAGCACUACUGUCCUCGUAUGUCUACAAUGAACUUACCUAUGUAUCGUUUCAUUAAGGAACACUCUGCAAAUAAACCAGUACUAAUUUUUACAUCUUCUAGACGUCAAACAAGGUUAACUGCAUUAGCCAUAGUACAUUUUUGCUUAUUUGAGAACAAUACAAACAAAUUUAUAUCUUUAAAUAGUAGCGAUGAAGUUCGAGAGAUAGCAUUAUCAGUAAGUGAUAAUACUUUAAAGCAAACAUUAGAAUUUGGUAUUGGGAUCCAUCAUGCAGGUAUGAAGGAGAAUGAUAAAACACUAGUGGAGUAUUUAUUUCUCAAUGGUAAAAUAAAAAUAGUUGUUUCUACUUCUACUUUAGCAUGGGGGGUAAAUUUCCCUGCUUAUCUAGUUGUUGUUAAGGGUACAGAAUUUUACGAUGGUUAUAAACAGAGAUAUGUAGAUUAUCCAGUUACUGACAUUAUUCAAAUGAUAGGCCGUGCUGGGAGGCCCCAGUUUGAUUCAAACGCUAUUGGAUACAUUAUGACCUAUGAACCUAAGAAGCAAUAUUAUAAAAGAUUUUUAUAUGAUCCUUUACCUCUGGAAUCAUCACUGCAUUUGAAUAUACUUUGUGAAGUAAUUAAUGCAGAAAUUUCAGCAAGAUCUAUAAGAAAUAAGCUGGAUGCAAUUCAAUUCCUUUUUAACUCCUUUUUAUUUAGAAGGAUUAUCUUAAGCCCUGGAUAUUAUGAUCCAAAUAUUUUUCAAGAGGAUUAUUCUAUAAGUAUAGUAAAUAAUGAUGUAAAUUUAAGAUAUUCACUUAUUUCUAAAAUAUUUGGGAAAAUGAUUGAUAACGUAAUUGAAACAUUAAUUGAAAAACGAUGUAUACAAAUUUCUACAGGAGAAUCAAUUUGUGAUACUAUUGAUAAAACAGAUUCUUCUAAAUAUUCUUGGACGGACUUAUAUGGUAGUAGUAUUACUAGUCAAGAUUCUUUAUGUAAUUUGCAAUAUUUUAUUCCAACUUUUUUGGGACAAGUUUCUGCAUUUUUUUAUAUAAAAUGUGAGACUACUGAAUUCAUUGAAAGCGAACUGUAUAAUAAGUUUGUAAAUCCAAAUAGAGAUGUUUUCAAAGUUGGUCAUUUUCUAUAUGGUUGGGUAGAUAUUUUGAGAUUUCUAUGCAAAAGCACUGAAUUUAAUUUGCAUCCUGUUAGGCACAAUGAAGAUAUAAUAUGCACGAAACUGUAUAAAAAGUGCCCUCUUGGAAUCCUUCCAUAUGAGACUAUGCAAAGUCCCUACCAAAAAGUGUUUUUGUUACUUCAAUGUUAUUUAUUUGGGAUACCUGUUCCAGUUAUAGAUUUUGUAAAUGAUAUACAUAGUAUACUGGAGCAACUAGAUCGUAUUAUACAGGCUUGUUUAUAUUUAAAUGUAUUUGGAAGAAUUAAAUCGUACAGUGCUUUUUUAUCUAUUCUAUGUGUUCAACAAUGCAUUAAACAAAAUAUUCAUCCUUUCCAGUCAACACUAUUGCAAAUUCCCUUUAUUGAAACUCUUGAUGAUAUAAAAUAUAUCAAAAGAAAUUAUAAAGUAGAUACGUUUCACGAAUUUAUAUACAAGUCUAAAUCGUGUCCAAGCACUAAAAAGAUUUUAUUUCCAAAUAAUAUAGAUUCUGUAGAAAGUAUUUUCAGUUGGAUUCUAAGUAUACCUAUUUUUAAGAUUGAUUCAUCAAUUCAAGCAAGUUCUAAAGAUCCUACUUGCAACUCUAAUAAUGAAGUAAAUUGUCUUUAUAUUCAAAUUAUACUUGAUCAAAAGUCCCAUAUAAGAUGGUCCUCAGAAUUCUGGUUUGCUAUCGCUACUAUUAAGGAUGAUAAGAUCUUGCAUAUAUCAAAACUUCAUAAUUCUGAUUUUUCACUUGAAAAUAAUAUUCUAAUUUAUUCAAUAAAUCUUGAACUAUCUGUUGAAUUUAUUUCAUCUGGCAUUAUUGCAUCGAUCAAUUCAGACAAAUACAUGGGACUGAGUAUAGAAAAAGUGGUCUGCUAA